GGCUGGCUACACCCAAAGGCGGGCUUUGUACCCUAUUAUCCCUCGUCACCACACCUUCCCCAUCGUCUCUCCAGAACAUCAACCUUUUCUUGCUCCGCCAUCGCCGUUGCAAAGAAACAGAACCAAGAUACAGAGGCCAGCCACGGCCGAGAAGAACAAGAAGAUACAAAGGACGAGGUGGCCGUAGUGAGAGUGGAAGCAGGGCCUUGAGAUGGACCCGUGCCCGUUCGUGCGGGUGCUGGUCGGCAACCUGGCCCUCAAAAUGCCGGUCGCCCCGCGCCCCGCCGGCGCCGGCGCCGGCGUGCACCCCACCACCUCGCCGUGCUACUGCACGAUCCGGCUCAACAAGCUGCCGCUUCAGACUGCCGCGGCCCCGCUGCUGCCCUCGGACGACAUGACGCAGGGUCCCGCCGAGACGGGCGCACUGGCGGCCGCCUUCCACCUCUCCAAGGCCGACCUCGACCGCGUCACGGCCAAGCCGUCCCUGUUCGUCGCCCGAUCCGCGAUGCUCAAGGUUGCCGUGUACGCCGGGCGGCGGGGCACCACUUGCGGGGUCAACUCCGGCCGGCUGCUCGGGAAGGUGGUCAUCCCGCUGGACCUCAAGACCGCGGUGGGGAAGCCCAUCGUGUUCCACAGCGGCUGGCUCUCCAUCAACAAGCGCGGCCGUAAGGCCUCUGCCGUCUCCGGCUCCGCGCAGCUUAACCUCACCGUUCGCGCCGAGCCCGACCCGCGCUUCGUGUUCCAGUUCGAUGGCGAGCCUGAGUGCAGCCCGCAGGUGCUCCAGGUGCAGGGCGGCAUGAUGCAGCCCAUGUUCACCUGCAAGUUCUCCUGUCGCAGCAACAGCGACCUCCGCUCUCGAUCAAUGCACUCCGAUCCGGGGAGUGGCAGCCGCAACUGGCUGAUGUCCUUCGGUUCCGACCGCGAGCGCGCAGGGAAGGAGCGGAAGGGAUGGUCGGUGACGGUGCACGACCUGUCGGGUUCGCCAGUGGCACUGGCGUCCAUGGUUACGCCGUUUGUGGCGUCCCCCGGUUCCGACCGCGUGAGCCGGUCCAACCCGGGCGCGUGGCUUGUACUCCGGCCCGGCGACGGCACUUGGAAGCCGUGGGGCCGCCUGGAAUGCUGGCGCGAGCGUGGCGCUGGCGCGGCCGGCGACAGCCUCGGGUACCGGUUCGAGCUCCUGAUUCCUGACCCAACCGGAAUGGGCGUCGGCGUCUCUGUCGCCGAGUCCAACGUCCCUUCCUCCCGCGGGGGGCGCUUCGUCAUCGACCUGACGGCGGCGCAGCCCUUCGGCCGGAGCGGGUCGCCUGGGUGCAGCCCGCGCGGGAGUGGUGAUUUCAGCGGCGGGUACGGUCUCUGGCCCUUCGGGAGCUACCGCGGGUUCGUGAUGUCUGCGGCAGUGCAGGGCGAAGGGCGGUGCAGCCGGCCGACGGUGGAGGUGGGGGUGCCGCACGUCGGGUGCGCGGAGGACGCGGCGGCGUUCGUGGCGCUGGCGGCAGCCGUGGACCUGAGCAUGGACGCGUGCAGGCUCUUCUCGCACCGCCUCCGCAGGGAGCUCUCCGGCACCCGCUCCGACCUACUGCGGUGAGGAGACCCACCCAGCGGCAAAUGCGAUCACAAACUGUACAGCGGUGGUGGCGAGAUCGAGGGAGGCGAUGGUGGUGGUUCAGGUCUCUUGUUUUUUUUCCGUGGAAGAUCGACUGUCCGUUUUUUGGGUUCGCUUCUCGUGAUUUUUGGUGGGGGUGUUCUUGUUUUAAAAUCCGUCACUAGUAGUAGUUUUUUCGGAAUCAAUAACUCCCGAACGUGCCAGGUUUUAGCAAAUCACUCCGAACGCAUUUGUUGCCGUCCAUCGUGGUGCACAAAUUUUAAAGCUCUGGAGCUUGACAGCCACACCACUCGUUUUACUCGGCUCAAGAGUGAGGAGGACGACGAGCGCCUCGCUGCUCGCCGACGCGAAGCUCUAGGACGGCGCACUACGGGUCCCCGCCGACCGGCUCAAGCGGGGCGAGUGGCCGCGGCGGCCGUCGAGGCAACCUCCGUCUGCGCGUACAUUGACUGCUCGACCUGGCGGCCAUCAUCGAGGCUGGCGCUCUCCGGGUCCGCGCCGACCGACUCAAUGGGGCGACGUGGGCGGAGAGCGAGCGCCGCCUGCUUGCCCGCGCCGCCGCAGCGAGCGCGGCCGUCGAGGCCGCCUCCGUCUGCGUGCACCUAGCCGCCGUCCAUGGUCACUGUUGGAUUGAGGAGGCGCACUACUCGAUGACGGGCGUGGCGGUCCUCUGCAUCUUCUUCUGCUGCAAGGCUGCAGGGAAUCCAUGCUCGUCGUUGUUCGCUAGGUGACGCCGCAGCCGCAGGUCGAGCUUGACCACCACGGCGGCGAACUGCAAAAGGCAUUUGGAUCCUUUUCCACUGCAGGUGGCAACAUCCUCCAACCCCCUUCUUUUUUUCAUUUUUGUUAGUUUGAUUAUCUGCAAAUUGAUGUGCCAUGACCCAAUAGAGGCACAUCCGAGUUUUGUGUUUAGUUUUCUCACCCCAAAUUGCAUCCCAUGACCCAGUAGACUAGUACAGAUGACAUGCCAUGACCCAGUGCAAGUAGAUAUGUCAUGGCAAUUUUCACCCCCAUUCUGUACCAUGGUAUUUUUGUGAUAUGUAGUUUUUGAUCUGGUUCAGAACUGGUAGGGAUAUUCUAGGGCAAUUUCCAAUAUGCAGUGAACGGCAAAUUUAGAUUGGUUCCA